UCUCUUUGCGUGUCGGUAUUUAUCGGCCUCGAACCUGCACGACAGGAGCGGCAACAACAAAAAAAGAAGAAGAGGGGAGAAAAGAGUUGAAAGCCGCGCGGCUCGCUUCUUCCAAGUCCCACUGUGAUUCCGCCGAGCCGAACACAAACUGACACCACAAUAAACACCGACGAAAAAAGAUGAGUUCCUAUUUCGUCAACUCGCUUUUCUCCAAAUACAAAAGCGGCGACUCGCUACGCCCGAACUAUUACGAGUGCGGGUUUGCGCAGGACCUGGCCGGCAGUCGGCCCACCGUGGUGUACGGCACGGGCUCCGGCGCCACCUUCCAGCACGCCCCGCAGAUUCAGGAUUUCUACCACCACAGCGCCUCCACGCUGCCCAGCAACCCAUACCAGCAGAGCCCCUGCGCGGUCACAUGCCACGGAGAGCCGGGCAACUUCUACGGAUACGACGCCCUGCAGCGGCAGACGCUGUUCGGUGCGCAGGACGCGGACCUGGUCCAGUAUAGCGACUGUAAACUGGGCAGCGCGACGGGGCUCGGCGGCGAGGACGCGGAGGGGACGGAGCAGAGCCCCUCGCCGACGCAGCUCUUCCCCUGGAUGAGGCCGCAAGCAGCAGCGGGCAGGAGGAGGGGACGGCAGACCUACAGCCGCUACCAGACCCUGGAGUUGGAGAAGGAGUUCCUGUUCAACCCCUACCUAACCCGGAAGCGCCGCAUCGAGGUGUCGCACGCGCUGGCGCUUACAGAGCGGCAGGUGAAAAUCUGGUUCCAGAACCGGAGAAUGAAGUGGAAGAAGGAGAACAACAAGGACAAGUUUCCCAGCAGCAAGAGCGAGCAGGAGGCCGUGGAGAGGGAGAGGCGGGAGAAAGAGCUGCGCGAUGGCGGCGGGAGCGAAGGCGGAGAGGGAACUGCAGGAGGCCCGGUUGCGGUGGCGGUAGCCGGUACGGCGGGGUCACAGCCCUCCGUGAAUGAAGACUGCUACGAGAAAACCCACAAGCAAAUGUAGGGAGGAAGGCGAUGGGGUUAAAGGGGGGCGAUGGGUCGGACACAUUGGGGUGAGGGUGGGACGGGGUAUGUUUUCGUCAUGAUUGAAGCACUGGACUGCUCCCCUGUUUCCACAAUUCAAUUGAUGGAAACCUACUUAAGUCUCCCAGAUAGGCGACCAGCGAGCCAAGAUGAACUGAAAGGGGGCCUCGCGCCUCUGUCUUGAAGACUUUAAACUGCUGAAGAAAAUAAACAAGAGACGCAACGUAAAUGAAAUAAAAUAAACACUCACACAACCGAUGAGGCCGGCGGUGGCUCAAUCUGAGUCUACCUCUAGUCUUAUCUAGUGUUUAAAACAAAUAAACAAAAAAAUGAGAUAGCUUACUUUCUUUGUGGAACAAUUGUUGUGGAAACAUGUCUAUAUUGUUAGAAGUUUAUCAUUAACAAUUUUAUCUUUGGCAGCUGUAUAGUUUUUAAGUUAAAAAAUUAUGAUGGUGCACUUUUUACUGUACUUCUCACUUCUAUGUUGUUGUUGUUGUUGUUGUUAUGGUAAUGAUUGAUGAUUGAUAAUUAAGAGGACGUAGGAAUUAAUGGAAUUUCCAACAACAUGAAACUGCCUAUUUAUGCCGUUUUAGUAGGUCUCUUUUUACACACUCUAAUUGUCGUUUUAGUUCGUUUUUGAUCGAUGGUCUUUUGUUUUAUAUUGUCUUCCCUUUAUUUUCCCUUCUUCUGGGGUAAUACGCAUGCGCACAGUGCCAAUCAAAAAAGAGAGAACAUUCAUUCAAAUAAAAAACGAGGAAGAAAUAU